GUCCUCUCUCGGCCGAAUCCGGUGCGGCCACCUCGGAGGAGGGCGGGCCCCGUUGCUUGUCUACUCGCCGCGCAUGCGCUGUAGAGAGAGACAGCCCCGGCAUUACCGACAGGAGGCAAGGCCUCGCCUCAGCGACGGCGAGAUGUCGGACCUUGGCGAGUGGUUCCGGAGUAUCCCGCUCAUCACCCGCUACUGGUUCGCUGGCUCCAUCGCGGUCCCCCUGGUCGGCAAGCUGGGCCUCAUCAGCCCCGUCUAUCUCUUCCUGUGGCCCGACGCUUUCCUCAACCGCUUCCAGAUCUGGAGGCCAAUAACUGCAACGUUCUACUUCCCUGUUGGCCCAGGAACCGGGUUUCUUUAUUUGGUGAAUUUAUACUUUUUAUAUCAGUAUUCAUCUCGGCUGGAAACAGGUGCUUUUGAUGGAAGGCCUGCUGACUAUGUGUUCAUGCUUCUCUUCAACUGGAUCUGCAUAGUUAUUACUGGCUUGGCAAUGAAUAUGCAGUUGCUGAUGAUCCCCCUCAUCAUGUCUGUGCUUUAUGUUUGGGCCCAACUGAACAGAGACAUGAUGGUGUCGUUUUGGUUUGGGACACGGUUUAAGGCAUGCUAUUUACCCUGGGUUAUUCUGGGAUUCAACUACAUCAUUGGAGGCUCUAUCAUCAAUGAACUAAUUGGCAACCUAGUCGGUCAUCUGUACUUCUUCUUAAUGUUUAAAUAUCCAAUGGACUUGGGAGGAAGAAAUUUCCUGUCAACGCCUCAGUUCCUGUACCAUUGGCUACCCAGCAGGAGAGGAGGAGUGUCGGGAUUUGGCGUUCCCCCUGCCAGCAUGCGCAGACCUGCAGACAAUCGGCAGGGUGAUGGAAGACACAACUGGGGGCAGGGCUUUCGGCUGGGCGAUUAAUGAAAAAACUUUCUGCUUCUUUUCUUUUCAUUUUGGUGUGUGCGAGAGAGGAACACCUUCAAUCAUACAUGGGAAUGAUUCCUACUGUGGAGUGUAUUCAAGGUCCAUGUUUGCUGUAGUACUGUUGGGUCGAACCCAUUGAGAAUCCUUGUUUGUCCCUGGUGGAAGACAACACAGCUCCAAGGCACAAGAGAGAUUUUCCUUCGGGCUCUUGAAUACUGCUCAACUCAAUGCUGCCAUUAAAAAGAAAACUCACAUUUUUAAUACUGUCUAACAUGUGUACUUUCUUUUACCAAGCUCCUCAGGUGAAUUAAUGUUACUCCAGUCGUCUCUUUUCAAUGUUGGAGGCAUAUAGCCCACAGUUUUGAUCACUGCCUUGCUAUUCUCCUUCCCAAUGUAAUUCAUAAAAGGCUAAGUUCACCUAAUGUUAAUGAAAGCACUCCAGGUACAUGUAACUACUUUAUUUAGCAGUAACAAACUUUGGGGAAAAGAGGGGGAGCAACAAGUACUGCUUGACUAAUUCAGAUUUAUUUCCAUCAGGAGAGAUAAUAAUUUGAAGUGCUGAAACAGAAAUGAAAGGGAUGACUGUUAAUUUCCAUUUGGAAAAUAUGCCUCUUCUUAUAAUGCAUUUGCAGUAUCAGCAUAACAACUUGAUGCAAUCAGUGUCACAGUUUUUUGGGAAGGAGUCUUAUUGAACUCAGAGAGUACUUAUAUCUGAGUAAAUAGAUAUAGUACUUAUAUCUGAAUAAAUAGAUUCACAAUAAAGUGCAACCAGAAAGGUGCUGCUAAGCUUAAUAAAGCCAUUUCAACACCUCCCUUUGCUUUGACCCUUGUUCUUCACUCCUUGGCCAUAUUUCGUAUUGGAAGAAAUUAGUUGCUUAAAGAAUGUCCAAGAAUUGUUGAAAGAUUUCUUAAUUUAAUGGUAAGAAAUAAAUGUGAUGUCAUUACGUGUGUGGAGUUACUGAUGACUGUUAUAUGAGGAAUUAUUCGUGGACUUUGGUCAGUCAGUUCAGAUGGUGGAAAAAGAUUUGUUCUGUUAAUGCCAUUGAUCUCUUGUCUCCUUUGAGCUGCGUUGAAUAGUUUUGCUUACUCUGUUGAGCCAAGAAACCUUGCAGCAGUCUUGCUUUCAUUCACCUUUUCUCCAGAAUCAGGUCAGUUAAUUUUAUCUUAUUUCAAUACUCUUGUCUGCAAAAUGGAAUUAAAAAUAGCUGUUCUUCCAGUUGUGCUACUAGGCAUAGUUUUAUAACUGUUCAAGAAAGGGAAGCCCAGUUGAAGUAAUUGUGUUAUAGACCUUAAAAAAGCAGUCUCUUAGAAAUCUAUAGUUGCUAGUACAGUAGAGUCUCACUUAUCCAACACUCGAUUAUCCAACGUUCUGGAUUAUCCAACGCAUUUUUGGAGUCAAUGUUUUCAAUAUAUCGUGAUAUUUUGGUGCUAAAUUCAUAAAUACAGUAAUUACUACAUAGCAUUACUGCGUAUAGAACUACUUUUUUUGCCAAAUUUGUUAUCUAACAUGAUGUUUUGGUGCUUCAUUUGUAAAAUCAUAACCUAAUUUGAUGUUUAAUAGGCUUUUCCUUAAUCCCUCCUUAUUAUCCAACAUAUUCGCUUAUCCAACAUUCUGCCGGCCCGUUUAUGUUGGAUAAGUGAGACUCUACUGUAGUUCUGAAUUUGUAAGGAACGGUGUCCUUAUUGGUUUCUUUUUGGCUAUGAAAGUGUGAACAAACCUGCAAUGAUGGUCUUUGACAAAAGCAGAAACUUAAUUAUUAAUCUAUCUUACAGAAAAAGAUAAAGCAAUUGUUCCAAUUAUCCUCAUCGUAAUAAACCCUGCAAUGGCUUUUAAAGUUUUUAUUUAUGUUAUUAAUUAAUAAAAGUUCCCGGUGCCCAGAAUAUUAAUUUUCUCUUUAAUUUUAAUGAAAUUGAAGUUUUCCUGCAUCUUAUUAAUGCCCUCCAGAUGUGUUAGAAAAAAGCUCCCACCAUCCCCAAAUAGCAUGAUCAUGUUGUAAACCCAGCACACCUGGAAGGCACCAAUUGGAAAAAGACAGCUAUUUUAUUUUUUUCAAAUUCUUCCAUACAUAUAAUAGCAGCUAACCUGAUUGGCAUCCAAAAGAGGAUAUAUAUUCAGAGAGCAAGGCAGUGCAUAUGCAGUCAGCUUUCCACAAAGAUUGAAGUUCAAAUGCAGAAACCCUGCAAAAGUGGGAAACACUGCUUUUUAAAAACCUGAGAACAUCUCCCUAGAAAUCUCUAGGUCCACCAGCACAACUCUACGAUCUAUUGCAAGUAGAAGUUAACCUUAGAGUCACAUUGAAUAACCUAAAAUUCAUAAAGAGAACACUGUUAUCAUAGCUGCAAAAAGUCAAAACCCCAAAAGUUGAAGGAUUGGCUAUUCUUCCAAUUUUGGUUGCUGUCUUCUUUACCGCUGUCUUCCAUUGUCAUAGUCUCAAUUUCUUAAACCAGAACUCCAACUUUGCUUUUAGUACUAGGAGUUGUAUUAUCAAAGCUAGUACGAAAACCUUUGACGUUGGGUUGCCAUGAGUGUUUGGAGCCGUGUGACAAUGUUCCAGUUAGCAUUCUCUCCUGAUGUUUUGCCUGCAUCUGUGACCGGCAUCUUCAGACAUCAGGAGAGAAUGCUAUUGGAACAUGGCCAUACAGCCCGAAAAGCUCACAGCAACCCAGUGAUUCUGGCCAUGAAAGCCUUUGAUAACACCUUUGACUUUAUCCAGCAUUCUUUUUCGUAAGUGGAUAUUCCUUUUCUAGAUACAAGCUCAAGCAUGUGUUUCUCUACUCAAGCCAAUUUUCUUUUCUAAAACAGGAUCUCAUUGAGAAGUGAAGGAUUGUUUUUAGGAUAUGGAUUCACCUUGUUAACAUUAGGAGAAAUUAAUCACUGUAAUGUAUGUGGUUCUGGUUGCUCUAUACCAGUGGUUCUCAACCUUUGGGUCCCCAGAUGUUUUGGCUUUCAGCUCCCAGAAAUCCUAACAGCUGGCUUGGAGUUGUAGGCCAAAACACCUGGGGACCUACAGGUUGAGAGCCACUGCUCUAUACAAAGCUGUCAGAACUGAUUUGGAGAUCCAGAAAAAGCAGAUACCACUAUCUUCUGAAAAUAUAUUGGCAGGAAUUGCAAGGGCGAACAUGUUCCAUGAGACUUUUAUAAAAAACUAAAGAGCCACAAAAAGCUACAUUAGAAUAAUUCCUUCCAUUAUAACAUGCUAACUUUUGUGUAUGAAAGGGCAGAGAGAAGAAUCUAAAGAAGUGAUGUCCUGUUCUGUCGUAGAACAGCGGUUCUUUUAAAGUAUGGCAAUACUUUGGAAUAAUUGAGUUUAGCCUUAAUUUAAGGAAUCUGAAGAGUUGUUUGAGCAAAUCUAAGUCUUGGAACAUGAGUGGCUUGUCCUCAAUCUCAAUAAUGUAAUGAACUAUAACUUGGUUCUUUAGCAAUAAGAAUUGCUGUUUCAACCCUCUUCAUUCUACAGGAAGGUGAUAUAUAAAAUAUAAUAUGUACAUUUGUAAAAAUGCUUCCAAAAGGGGAAAAAUGAGAAGCUGCUUGGUUUUAUCUUAACUGUAACAUUACAUUGCCUUGAAAUGCUGUGGAAGGGCAUAUAGUAACCCUCAUAAGAUUGCCAUGAUGCAGCCAGUACUAGAGAUUUUCUUUUUUGCAGUAGUUCAGUUCUGUGGAGGAAUAUCAUGUCUUGUGUGCGUCUCAAAGCUGGAUGUGGUUCUUGCACAUGAAACAAAUCUGUGGGGAGUCUACUGGUCUACUUCCUCCAUAAUAUGCAGUCGGUGCAUUCAGAUCAAUGAUUUGCAUCGGUCUGGUGAUGGUAGUUUUGCCAUGUGCCUUUCCUGGAGGUUAAAAACUCACCCUUUGGUUCUGACUGCUCACCAUGGCUUUCAUUGAUUCACCUGAAGUACCCGUUUUUUUCUCAAGUUCAUACAAUGGCAGAUUCCAUUGUGAAUCGAGUACUUCCUUUCUUUUGUACAGAGAACUUCUCUUUUUUGUAACCAAAUUUUAUUUGUUGUCCUCGGCGAAGUUUUAAAUUAAAGUUGUUAAAACUAA